AUGGUGCAAAAUCUAAAGGUUAAAAUAAUGAAAAAAAAAAUAACGGAAAGGAAAAAUAAAUCUAAAAAGCCCCAAAAAAUUAAGGAAAAAUUCGUUGUAAAAAGUUUAAGAAAGAAAAGCAAAUUAGUUAAAAUUAACAAAAUUGAAGAAACGGCGAAAAAGAUGUGUGUUUCAACAUAUAACAAUCUCAAGUUCUUGAUCCCGAAAGAAUCGGAAAAAAAAAAAAAUCAGACAGAGGAUAUACAGUCACAAUCCUUACGUAAUGAUAUAUAG